AUGCUAGAGUGUGUAGAGAACAGUAUCAAAGUAAUUGUUGUUGGUGAUGGAAAUGUAGGCAAGACGUCGAUGCUACGGCGUUUCGUGAAGGGAGAGUUUUUGAGUCCAUACAAAAGAACUAUUGGUGCUGAGUUCAUGGAGAAGAAUGUAUUCCUUCGCUAUUCCAACAGAACUGUGAAACUCAUGCUUUGGGACACGGCAGGACAAGAGGUAUUCAACUCUCUUACACAGGCUUAUUACCGUGGAGCUGCUGCUGCGAUACUGGCGUUUAGCACUGUUGAUAAGGAUAGCUUUAUGAAUGUGCCAAAUUGGAAGAAAAAUGUUGAGAACGUUUGUGGGUCAAUCCCGAUGGUUCUCUGCCAGACAAAGUUCGACCUAGUUGAUGAGUCAGUUGUCACUAACGAAGAGGCGGAGCAGCUUGCAAUGCAGCUUCAAGUGCCUUUUUUUCGUGUAUCUACAAAAGAUGAUUUUAACGUGACACAAGUAUUUGAAUUUACAGCUGAUAUGUGUCUAAGUAAAGAGAAGUCAGAUGAUCAUAGCGGAUUGCCGGACGCGCCCUUUAUCGGCCAAGGCGAUACGGGAAUGACCGGUUCCCCAACUGCGGGCCGUGGCAUGCAGUCAGCUAGGAACAUUAAUCUGAGUGCGAAAAAUAUGGACAAAAAAAAGAAGCAUAAGAAGAAUCGUUGUGAUCUAUUUUGA